AUGUUGACUUGGUCACAACACCUACUUAGUGGCCAUAUAAUGGACAGCCAUGGGUUAAUUGUCCCAGGCUGGUUGGUGUGUCAUACAUGGAAAAAAAAUAUCCAUCGCUCAUACUUAGCGUUGACGGAGAUGGCUAGCUUUUAUUGGGAUUGGCCUUUUCCUGACCUUCCCAGCCCUCCACUGGUUGAUAUUGGGAGGUUAAUAAAGGCUACUGGGCCCUACUGGGAUACAGUUGAAAUCACUGGAAGUUCCAGGGAUUUGCGGAGCCACCAUUCAAUUGUGCCAAAAGCACCACGGGAAGACUGA